UCCAGCGGCACAGCGCUGGGUCAGAAGCUAUAUCCAGCUGCUGGCAGAGUUUCUGUGAAGUGAUCAGGUCUUCCAACAGAAUGGCAUGGAAUGCAACUUGCAAAAAUUGGCUGGCAGCAGAGGCUGCCCUGGAAAAGUACUACCUUUCCAUUUUUUAUGGGAUGGAGUUCAUUGUGGGAAUCCUUGGAAAUACCAUCGUUGUUUAUGGCUACAUAUUCUGUCUGAAAAACUGGAACAGCUCUAAUAUCUAUCUCUUUAACCUCUCUAUCUCGGACUUAGCUUUUUUGUGCACCCUCCCCAUGCUGAUGAGGAGUUAUGCCAAGAACAACUGGAUAUAUGGAGACGUGCUCUGCAUAAGCAACCGAUAUGUGCUUCAUGCCAACCUUUAUACCAGCAUUCUCUUUCUCACUUUUAUCAGCAUAGAUCGAUACUUGCUGAUUAAGUAUCCUUUCCGAGAACACCUUCUGCAAAAGAAAGAGUUUGCUAUUUUAAUCUCUUUGGCCAUUUGGGUUUUAGUAACCUUAGAGCUACUGCCCAUACUUCCCCUUAUAAAUCCUGUUAUAACUGACAAUGGCACCACUUGUAAUGAUUUUGCAAGUUCUGGAGAUCCCAAGUACAACCUCAUUUACAGCAUGUGUCUAACACUGGUGGGGUUCCUUAUUCCUCUUUUUAUGAUGUGUUUCUUCUAUUACAAGAUUGCUCUCUUCCUAAAGCAGAGGAAUAGGCAGGUUGCUACUGCUCUGGACCUUGAAAAGCCUCUCAACUUGGUCAUCAUGGCAGUGGUGAUCUUCUCUGUGCUUUUUACACCCUACCAUGUUAUGCGGAAUGUGAGGAUCACUUCUCGCCUGGGGAGCUGGAAGCAGUAUCAAUGCACUCAGGUCGUCAUCAACACCAUAUACAUUGUGACACGACCUUUCGCCUUCCUGAACAGUGUCAUCAACCCAGUCUUCUAUUUUCUUUUGGGAGAUCACUUCAGGGACAGGCUGAUAAAUCAACUGAGACACAACUUCAAAUCCCUUACAUCCUUUAGAGGAUGAGCUCAUGAACUCCUAUUUUCAUUCAAAGAAAAGCAAGGUGCUUAUGAAACAGAUUGUUUUACAAAUGCAACUGUAGGCUUGCUUUAACUUGCAGACAUCAAUCAGAGAGUGUUACAGAUUUAACCUUUAUCUAAAGACAAGUUGUACCCAGAGUAUGUGAAAAGAAUGGGAUGACAAGAAUGUAUUGAUUUCUUCCUCUAAUAAUUGAAAGGAGUUGGACUGCCUUAGGUUUGGGCAUGCAACUCAAAAAUGCUAGAUGUUAUAAGACUUUCUCAGUCAGUGAAAAAAUGCAAGAUAUAUAAAGCAACAAGUUGUCUGCACUUGAUCACUUGUCAGAUUUAAAAAAAAUUGUUUUGGCAACAUUCUCCAUGUUAUUCCUAUUUACAUGAUCAUAGAACUUUAUGUGAGAACUGAAUAGCAGAAGAUAUAUUAUUAAAUAGUUUUUAGAAGUUGUGCUGUUAAGCAAAUUUAAAGUCAACAGUAAUGAUGAUUAAGAAAGCAAUAUAAUGAGUUCAAGGAUAUCUGUGUGAUAUAUUUUUGUUUUGUAUUCAUCAUGAAGGGGGGUAGUUUUAUAAUUUAUUCAUCCUUUUUUGUUGUAUGGUUUAUAGUGGAAUCUUAAUUUAAGUUAAAAAGAACCUAAGAAGGUAAUUCAACAAAAGUAGAGAAUAUGUUUGAGUUUGUCAGGGAAUUUAGAUAUGAAAAUACUAGAGAGAUGCACUAAGGAUAUUUGAAAAAAAAAUUUUUUUUCCUGAUAGGCACUUUGUGCCUAUCAGGAAACCCAGAGCAAAACAGAACAAAAGUGAGUACAUUGUUUUUAUCAUGAUUUUGCCAUCUGGCAUUUUAUUAUCAUAAUUGGACCACCAGUGCAUGAAAAUAUGUUAAAGUUCAUUAGCUUUCUGCUCUUGAUUUAAUAGUGAACUUUAAAGUAUUUUAAUGUCAUAAACCAGCAAAUAAGGAGAAAUAAACUGAUAAUGGUAGAUUCAUUGGGAUGGUUUUCCCUUUUGGAGGGAAAGUCACAAUUUUUCCCCAUGAUCCUCCAUUUUUUGUAAACACUGGGCUAAUUUACAAGGACAACUUUAUCGUAGCAAGAGCAACUCACAUCUGGAGUGAGCCUUGUUUUCAUGAAACAUUACUGUAAGACUAUCAGAGAAAAUAUUUCAAACAAAAUUUACUUUAUGAAAUUAUAAAACAUGAAAAUAUUUGUGUGAAUAUUAAUCUGUAUUAUCCCAGAUUGGUUAAUGAGGCACCAUGUUAUGCCACAACACAAAUGUAAGGGAAAACACGGGUGCUGCAUUAGCUUUUUGAAGUCAAACAAGUAUCACAUGAUAAUUCACUGAUAUGCAACAUAAAGUGUCUGUGGCCACAUGUCUAAGUUCCUUUCCUUUAUAUCAUUAGCGAUAAGGAGUGAAUAAUGUGAAAGAUAAAAUAAGCAUUAUGAAAACAGAGACAUAAAAUUCCACUGUCCUUCCUGUUCUGGGAAGUAGUCUGACAUUUUUAAAUACCCAAAUUUUGCCAACUAAUAUCUCUAGACCUCAAACAACUGAAAUACUAUAAAAAUGCAUUACUCACAAAAGAUUUUCCUUACAUCAUACUGGGCUUUGAGAUAUUUUCUGCCAUGCCUUGUCUUUGUAUCAAUAUUUUAAAAAUUUCACUGUAAUUUUAUAACUGCCUAAUAACAAACUGAAAACAGAACUUCUGAGUUUCCUCAUCAGAAAGGGCCUUAGGAAAGAAAUAUUCACUCACUUCUGCAAACUUGGCAAUAUGUUAUUUAACUUUAAUUUAUAUUUUAUGCAUGAAUUUUACUUGUAAAGAUGAAAUUACAUUUGCUUUCCCUACUCCCAAACUCCAAGAAGUCACAGGGAUGGACUAUUUCUAAUAGUGCAGUAAAAUAUUUUUCAAACCAUAAACUCAUGUGUAUAUAUAUUCUAUUUUAUAUGUCUGCAUUUGAUCAUUGGUCAGAUUGUUAAAAAAAAAAACUAUUCUGGCAACAUUAUCUAUGUUAUUCUUAUUCACAUGAUCCUAGAACUUCAUGUGAAAACUGAAUAGCAGAGAUAUAUUAUUGAAUCUUUUAAAUAUAUUUUUAAUAAUAUAGUUUAAA